CAUCCAUCGUGCAACGUGAGGGACGUUCAUUGCAACGAGAUCAUUGACGAGGAAGAAGAAGAACGUUAAUCUAGGGCUUCCUCUGAAUUCGGCCAAUCAAAAUCGAAUGCGUUGCUCUCGUCGGUGUAGUGUGCAGUGCGUGAAGCGUUGGUUCCUCCUGCGCAGCUAGAUAGGUAGGAGACAGUCCAUCUGCCUCUGCCGUCUCCGUCCGCUUUCAGUGCUGCCGACUGCCAUAUUUAUUACCAUUCAGAGCUGCACCUCUGAACAUCACCAGACUCGAAGAUGGCGGCCCGGACGAUGCAAGCGGCACGAUGCCCGACAGAUGACCUGUCGUUGACAAACUGUGCUGUGGUGAGCGAGAAGGAUCUGCAGUCUGGACAACAUGUGACUGUGAAGACUACGCCAACUCACAAGUUUGUGUUCACUACAAAAACCCACCACGCCAUAGUCCCUGGCACUAUCGCUUUCAGUCUGCCACAGAGGAAAUGGGCCGGUCUGUCCAUUGGACAGGAGGUGGAAGUGGCCAACUACAACUUUGACAAGUCCCAACAAUGCAUCGGUGCCAUGACUAUAGAGAUUGACUUCCUCCAGAAGAAGAGCACGGACACCAGCCCCUACGACUCGGACAAGAUGGCCAGCGAGUUCAUCCAGCAGUUCAACAACCAGGCCUUCUCUGUCACCCAGCAGAUGGUGUUUAGUUUCUGCGACAAGCUUUUUGGGCUGGUGAUCAAAGACAUUGAGGCCAUGGACGCAAGCAUCCUCAAGGGAGAGCCAGCAUCAGGCAAGAAGCAGAAGAUUGACAUUGGCCUGCUGGUGGGGAACAGCCAGGUGGUUUUCGAGAAAGCAGAGAGCUCCUCCCUCACGUUAGUUGGCAAGGCCAAGACCAAAGAGCAGCGUCAGACCAUCAUCAACCCGGACUGGAACUUUGAGCGCAUGGGCAUUGGUGGUCUGGACAAGGAGUUCUCCGACAUCUUCCGCCGAGCCUUCGCCUCUCGUGUCUUCCCUCCUGACAUUGUGGAACAGAUGGGUUGUAAGCACGUGAAGGGAAUCCUUCUCUUCGGGCCUCCUGGUUGUGGAAAGACUCUGAUGGCCAGGCAGAUUGGCAAGAUGCUCAACUCCCGCGAGCCCAAGAUCGUCAACGGCCCUGAGAUCCUCAACAAGUUCGUGGGAGAGUCUGAGGCCAACAUCCGCAAGCUCUUCGCAGAUGCAGAAGAGGAGCAGAAGAGGCUGGGUGCUAACAGUGGUCUGCACAUAAUCAUCUUUGAUGAGCUGGAUGCCAUCUGUAAGCAGAGAGGUACUGGGCAGGGCAGUACAGGAGUCCACGACACUGUGGUCAACCAGCUGCUGUCCAAGAUAGACGGAGUAGAGCAGCUUAACAACAUCUUGGUCAUAGGGAUGACCAACAGGCCUGACCUGAUAGAUGAUGCCCUGAUGAGGCCUGGCAGGUUCGAGGUCAAGAUGGAGAUUGGUCUUCCGGAUGAGAAGGGACGUGUUCAGAUUCUCAACAUUCACACCAAUAAGAUGCGUGACUUCGGCCUGCUGGCUCCUGAUGUGGACGUGAAGGAGCUGGCUGCCGGGACCAAGAACUACAGUGGUGCUGAACUGGAGGGGCUGGUCAGAGCUGCCCAAUCAACAGCCAUGAACCGCCACAUUAAGGCCACAGCCACAGUGGAGGUGGACACGGAGAGAGCCGAGAAGCUGCAGGUCACCAGAAGCGACUUCAUGGGCUCCCUGAACAACGACAUUAAACCAGCAUUUGGUUCCAACCAGGAGGACUACGCCAGCUACAUCAUGAACGGCAUCAUCAAGUGGGGCGACCCGGUGACCUGUGUGCUGGAUGACGGGGAGCUGCUGGUGCAGCAGACCAAGAACAGCGACCGCACACCGCUGGUGGCCGUGCUACUGGAGGGACCCCCUCACAGUGGAAAGACGGCCCUGGCUGCCCAAAUCUCGGAGAGCUCAGAGUUCCCCUUCAUCAAGAUCUGUUCCCCGGACAAGAUGAUCGGUUUCUCCGAAAACUCCAAGUGCCUGGCUAUCAAGAAGAUCUUCGAGGAUGCCUACAAGUCUCAGCUGAGCUGUGUGGUGGUGGAUGACAUUGAGCGUCUCCUAGACUACGUUCCCAUUGGACCUCGCUUCUCCAACAUGGUUCUCCAGGCCCUGCUGGUGCUGCUGAAGAAGACUCCUCCGAAAGGCCGUAAGCUGUUGAUCAUCGGCACCACCAGCCGUAAGGAGGUUCUGCAGGAGAUGGAGAUGCUGGACGCCUUCAGUACCACCAUCCACGUCCCCAACAUCUCUACUGGAGAACACCUGGUGGAAGCCCUAGAGCUACUGGGAAGCUUCACGGACGCAGAGCGAGUGACCAUCGGUCAGCACGUCAAGGGAAAGAGGGUCUGGAUUGGCAUCAAGAAGCUCCUGAUGCUCAUCGAAAUGUCUCUGCAGAUGGAUGUGGAGUACAGAGUCACUAAGUUCCUGCAGCUUCUUAGAGACGAGGGGGCGUUGGAUGACGCCAAGCACAUCCGAAUUUAAGCUGUCGCUGAGGAGAACGCACCGACCGCAACGACCGCAGCUACAAGCUCGACUAGAGCUGAAGGAGCGUCUGACCGAGAGACAAAAGGAGGAGAGGAGGACGUCCUCCGUUCUCCAUCCAUUCUCAUCCAACCAAUCCGAGAGGGAGAAGAAGUCGCCCCCUCUCACCCACGCAUGUUUCAGUGGCAACUGCUGGUCAUCAUCCAUCCACCCGACACUAUCGACAUAUCACGUCACAGAAAGCUAUUGAAAAUCGUACCCGUUCCAAUAUGUUAUCUGUGUGAAACACAAUAUGGAUUGCAAAGUGCUGUCUUGUGCAUUGUGCGUAUAUUUAGCCAUGUAUGUUUUAGCUUUCUGUAUUUACAGUGCUGUGUAUCUGUCUUGCUAUCUAUAUUUAUGCAGACCAGUAGAUAUAUCAGUCUUGGAAACAUGAUAUGUAUUAUAUAUACACAUAGAUUCAUAUGAAGCGCCAGUCAUCGCAACUAUUUGAAUAUUCAGAUGAUAACAUAGACAGUGUAGUGGAAGUAAGAAGUGUCGUUUCGGGUGUAAAUGUAUUUCCCUCCAACCCUAUGUUAUUUAUUUUCUGUACAUAGUAUAUAUAAAAUACAGUAUAUCAUGAAUUAUUUCAAAUCAUUCUAUUGACUAUAUAUAUAUAUAUAUAUAUAUAUAUCAGUAUUGUUUAUCUCACUCCAAACUUGAAGAUUGUGGUGUUGGAUUAUAACUUGGUUGUAGUCUGUCAAAUAUAGAUACUGUGUGUGUACGAGACCAGUGUUAAACAAUUCAGAAACCUUUAUUACUUAUCAAAUCAGCUCUAUGUUUGACUGUGAUUUCAAUAUUUUGUGUGUGCAUGUGUGUGUAUGAACAAGCAUUGCUUCUGUGUAUGCCUGUAAGAGUGAGUGUGUUUUGUCUGUGCGUAAGUACAGUAUGUGUGUGUAAUUUAAUCCAAAUUUUACCAGUCUGUUGUGAUGCAUUUGUUAAUUUAUUGCUUUAUGUGAACAGUGCUUGUUGUCAAAAAGCUAUUUUUAUGUUCUGUGAAUUGACCAUGUGUGUCAACAUGCAGAUGUAUUAUUGCAAUAAAAGCACAGAUACACAAGGUUAAAACAA